GCAACAGCCAUCUAUCUACCUCUACCCUUCUAUCCCGUCAAUCUCUCUCUUUUGACUCUCGCUUCAACAGGCGCGCUCUCUUCUAGCGCUCAUAUCACAUAGCCUAGAUCCCAGACACAGACACCAUGGCCGACGGCGGAGGCUGGAGCACGAUCGAGUCCGACGAGGGCGUAUUCACCUCCCUGAUCGAGAACCUGGGGGUCAAGGAUGUCCAAUUCGAAGAACUCAUUUCUCUUGAUGCUGAUACGAUCCGGUCACUGAGUCUACGGCACUUCACCACCGGCUUCCCCCCAGACCUCCUCGGCGAAGCGCUCUCAAACUCGGAACCAAUCCGCACCGCCCACAACGCCUUCGCGCGCUCAUCGCCCUUCGUCGACGAAACCGCCCGCCAGAACCAAGACGACGAAGGCGGCGACGUCUACCACUUCAUCGCGUACACGCCGGUCAACGGCACGCUGUACGAGCUGGACGGGCUGCAGCCGCACCCCAUCUCGCAUGGCGGGUGCACGGGGGACGAGUUCCCCGAGAAAGUGAUUGGGGUGUUGAGGGAGCGGAUUGCGCGGUACCCCGAGGGCGAGACGCGGUUCAAUCUGAUGGCCGUGGUGAGGGAUCUGAGGGUCGCGGCGAGGGAGAUUGGUGAUGCGGAGGCGUUGGAGAGGGAGGAGAGGAAGAGGAGGGGGUGGGCGUGGGAGAAUACCCUCCGCCGGUCGAAUUUUGUAGGCUUCAUUGGCGAGGUGUUAAAGGGGGUGGUGGGGGGGAAGGAUAGGGAGGGGGAGGGGGCGUUUGAGGAGUGGGUCGGGAAGGCGAGGGAGGAGACGCAGAGGAAGUUGUUGAGGAGGUAGAUGGCGGUAGAUAUCUGAGUGUUACGUAGUGGAUGGAUAUGUGACGCAUACGCAUGACUAGUUAGGCUAUGGCUGGGCUAUGGCAUGGCAUGGCAUGGCAUGGCAUGGCUAUAUACAAAGGCAACAACGCCGGCCUUCUCUAUCCCGGCUCUCUUGGCCUGUAUAGGGUGUAAUACCCCACUCAAUCCACUAGACAGAGUUGAAGCACACGCCAGAGCCUGGUCUGUUAUAUAAGAAACCGGAUUCUAGUGUUAAUACUAUCUUCGUGCG